GAGCAGCAGGAAGUGAAGCUCGCUGCGUCUCUCGACUCAUCAAUGCAGCUUUCAUUCUCCCUCAGCGGGGCAACAUGGACGCUGUACAAAAGCACCACUGGUACUUCGUGGUACUCCUCUUCCUCCCUUCUCUUAAAGUUGCAGAGGUGCAGACGGAGGGGUCCACGGUGCGUCUGGAGGAGGGCAUGGUCCUCCCCUGCCUCUGUCCUUGGAACGGAAACCUCAGCAUGGUUUCCUGGACUAAAGACCCCGACAAGUCCUCCGUCGCCGUGUACCACCCUGAGCACGGAGAGCACAUCCCGAACCCCUACACGGAGAGGGUGGAGUUCCUGAAGACGACCCACAUGGAUGGAAGUAUCUCCAUGAGGAACGUCACGCACCAGGACAUCGGGACGUACCACUGCUCCGUGCAGACCUUCCCCCGGGGGCCCUGGACCCAGAGCAUCCAGGUGGAGGACUUAGACGAGCCCCCAGACGACAGCACGGAGGAAGAGGAAGAGGAAGGCUCAGACCCCCCCACCCUCGGUGGGAUCAGGACGGACACAGAACUGGUGGCCGAGCCCGACAGCAACCUGACCAUCAGCUGCAACCACGAGCACAACGGCACCGUGUACCAGGUUGUUCUGGAGAGGAUUCCCCCCGGACCCUCGGGCAUCAUCGGGGUCUGUAAGAGGGUCAAUGGGGGGGGUCUCCUGAAGGAGGGGGACCUCAUGCAGGAGGAUUACAGCGAAAGAGGACAGGUGAGCUGUGAGGACAGUCUGGAUGUAAACCUGCACCUGACGGGCGUGCAGGCAGAGGACGGGGGUCUCUACCGCUGCACCUUCAGCACCGACGCAGGGGUCAGGACCACCACGGUGCUGCUCACUGUGUCCCCCCCAGGUGGAUUCAGCCUCUCUGUGUACAUGAUGUGUGUUUACGUCGGGGCUGGGACUGCUUUUCUUAUUCUACUCAUCGUCAUCAUCAUACUAGCAGUGAACCGAAGGAAGAAGCACCGCAGGGAGGAGUACCGGGUGAAGCUGCACCCCUCCCAGAGACAGUGGAGGCAGUGGCAGAGGCAGUAAUGGAUAUGCAGACUUUUCUGCUUGAAAACGAGACAAAUGUGGAACGUAAAGGGACAAUUUAGUUUGGAUCACGAGUGUGUGCUGUUCCCCGGCAUCUGUACAAUUAUGUGUGUGUGUGUGUGUGUGUGUGUGUGUGUGUGUGUGUGUGUGUGUGUGUGUGUGUGUGUGUGUGUGUGUGUGUGUGUGUGUGUGAGAUACUGAAACUGAUGUGUGUGACUGUACAUGCCUCCCAUGUGAUAUAAAUAAAACAAUGUGUUAGCCUCUACCUCGUUAUUUCCUGUGAAGCGGGGGUGUGACGAGAGAAAAGAGAACCGACUAUUUGAAGCACAGAAAAUGUAUUUUCUAGGAAACAACAAAUGUGAAGAUGAAGGUUGAGCGCCUCCGGAAUAGUUUGACAGAUUUUAGAAACUGCUCAUUGUCUUUCUUGUUAAGAGUUGUAUGAGAAUACUCGCCGUGUUUGUACGAUGAAGCAUUUAGCACUCAGUUAGCUUAGCACAAACACUGUAAAUGGGGGGAAACAGCUAGCAUGAAGCUAACAUGUCAUAUAUUGUUUGUUAAAAAGUGUGUUAAAUGUACUUUUUGGGUUUUUUACAGAGGGGUUUGGUGACAGAAGUCUUGUUCAUAGGGUCUGUUCAAACCUCUGAUUUUAUUUAUACAUUAUCUUGAAGAAAUAUAUAAGAAAUGUGCGAUUUAAUC